AUUAGUACUUAGGCCUAGUAGUAUUUAACCCUUAAUUACUAAAGUCCACCGGCCCCCUCUCCCUCUGUCAUCAUACGAGUUGUAGAAAGUAGGCUAUCGUAAUUAUUGCAUUAUAGGCCUAGGCCUAGCCUAGGGCCUAUACUUUUAAACCACAAAUUCCGUGUUACUAUACUAACACAACCUAACAUAGCCACAUAGGGUAACUUAGACAUAGCCUAGUGCAUUCUUUCAACAAGUUGUUUCUUUACUAAUGGCUAGUAAAGAAGACAAUCCAGUUGGAUUCUUGCAAGAAUUAUGUCAAAAGCAUGGUUAUGCUUUCCCUCAAUUUGAAGAGGUAGACGAUUCAGGCCCAGACCACGAAAAAAUGUUUACUGUUAAAUGUAAAUUUCAAAAUGUUGAGGCAUUGGGUAAAGCCCGAACUAAGAAAGCAGCUAAGUCUGAAGCAGCGAAAAACAUGAUUUUAGUUUCUUUGGAUAAAUGUUCAGUUGAGACUAGAAAGGAAGACAGUAAUGCAGAUUCAUCAGAAAAAACAUCACCCGUGGGAAAUAAAAACCCUGUUUCAAUGCUCAAUGAGUUCAGUCAAAAAAAAGGUCUGCGGCCACCUAAAUUUGAAGUAGUGUCGAGUGUGUCUGGCUUUGUUUCCACUUGUAGUUUGGAAGGAAACACAACAUAUGGCCAUGGUGAUAACAAAAAGACUGCAAAAACUGAAUCUGCAAAUAAAAUGUGCAUACUCUUAAAGUUAAGACAUGAAAAAGACACUUUAUCAAUAGAUAAGGAUGAUGCAAAUUUAGUCGUAGAAGUAGAAAACCAAUUAAACUUGGCUGAAUAUGAAGAACCCCACAGACAAGUUUCAACAAGACCAGCUUUAUAUGGAACUCCAAUUCCCAAUGGUGUUAAGGCAGUCAACCAAAAAUUGAACACAGCACCUAUGCAAGAGUUUUUACAAGUGCAUGAAGAAGAGGGAAAGGAUGAGGGAAAUGUGUCAAAUGACCAGUCAAUAGACAUACAACUUGGAGAACUUAGUUUGGCUCAUGAAAAUGAAUCUCAAGAGAGUUGUGAAGAGAAAGAGACAUACCAAGGGGAAACAAGAAAACCUAAAACAAGCGAGUAUUUGGAAAAAUGGAAUUUGGGGAACAAGGCUUCCUAGUAAAUAAAUCCCUAUAUUAAAUAAUAUAACAUUUUUGCAUAUUUUGUAUCAUAGCCUAAUGCCUUCAGUCCUCAUUGAUAGGCUUAUAAAUUGUUGAAAUUAAUUGUUUGUUAUCUAUAUUAUUAAUACGCUACAUGAAACUUUUGUUUUUUUAA